AUGGCGGGAUCAAACGAUCUGGAGGCCAAUAACAGGAUGUCGCGUGGGUCUGAGGCUGUCGACAAUGGAUUCUCAGAAAAGCCUCUAAACCAGGGAACAGGUUCAAGAAUACACGCGUCCGUCUACAUAAUAACAUGGAUUUUCUUUUCCAAUACCACGAUUCUCUUCAACAAGUGGCUCAUUGACACUGCUGGAUUCCGAUAUCCUAUCAUCCUCACAACAUGGCAUCUCGUCUUUGCAACAAUAGCAACGCAACUGCUUGCUCGCACAACUUCUCUUCUCGAUUCACGCCAUUCACUCCCAAUCACUCGACGACUCUACAUACGGACUAUCCUCCCUAUUGGCGUCCUCUACUCCGCCUCACUCGUCUUCUCCAACAUUGUGUACCUCUACCUGUCUGUUGCUUUUAUUCAGAUGCUCAAAUCUACCGGUCCUGUCUGCACGCUUGUUGCUUCGUGGGUGUGGGGUGUCGCUCAGCCGGAUAGUAAGACUUUUGGCAACAUCAUGCUCAUUGUUGCUGGUGUCGCCAUUUCCAGUUUUGGAGAGAUCGAGUUCUCCUGGUGGGGGUUUAUCUUUCAGAUGUGCGGUACCAUUGCCGAAGCCGUGCGUGUUGUCAUGAUUCAGGUCAUGCUCAGCGCCGAGGGUCUCCGUAUGGAUCCUCUUGUCGGCCUCUACUAUUACGCCCCUGUUUGUACCCUCAUGAACAUGGUCGUUGUCUUGUUUAGUGAAGGCCCCCGAUUUAAGUGGGAGGAUGCAGCUCAUGCCGGUUAUGGUGUCCUACUUGCCAACGCUUGUCUUGCAUUCUUCCUGAAUGUCAUCAGCGUCUUCCUUAUCGGUAAAACAUCAGGACUUGUCAUGACUCUGAGUGGUAUUCUUAAGAGCAUCCUUCUCGUGGCUGCUUCUGUUGUUCUUUGGGGUACUCACAUCUCCCUUACACAAACACUGGGAUAUGCCGUUGCCCUUAUGGGUCUUGUUCUAUAUUCGAUCGGUUACGAACAACUCCUCAACAUGUGGGAAGAAGCGGUUGCAUGGGGUACCGGUACCCUAAACCGAGAGGGCGAGAUGUCUCCUUCUUUACGCAAAGCCAUCAUGAUUGGAUGUUUGGGUUUCAUCACCGUGAUAAUUGCUGGUGCGUUAUGGCACUAUCACGGAAUAUCUAGCGAGCAUGUAACUCGGGUGACUUCAUCGUGGUUUGCCCAUUGA